CGGGAUUCGAGGGGUAGUGGAGGACCUCGGUGGAGCGAGAACUCAAGUGGACAGUCGCUCGAUCGUCUAGGUCCUCCGAGAACUGCGGACUCACAGUGGGGCCUGAAGCAGGGAGCCCUAGGUCUCCCGGACUCGAGGGAAAGUGGAAGCAGCUCCCGUGGGAGGGCACGUAACUGGUUCCACUCCUCGUGAGAGUCGCUUUGCAGACAGCCAGAUUUCUGCCUCAAUUUAUGUCAUUUUGGGAGAUAGAAGCAGUUAUCUUUACAGGGUAGUGAAAAAUCUGAAAACAGCCCACGGUAGAGAUGAUUGAUUCAGUAGCAUAAACGGAUAAUUGAACGUAAGACAAAGUUUCACUUUGUAGCCCAGCCCAGUCUGGAACUCACUAUGUAGCACAAAGUAAUCUUGAACUCAUCCUGAUUCUCUGGCUCAGCCUUUUGAAUGAAGUGCUGGGAUUAACGUAAAGUUGGGCUUCUUCCUGUGGUUGUACACAGAUAAAGUAGGUUGUGUGUGGUGACAUAGGCUUCCAAACUUAUUGUGGAGGAGGAUGAGGUUGAGGCCAACUCUGGUUGCAUACGUGGCUCAAGAUUACACUGUGCACCUACCAUGAGUCUUGACAUCCAGUGUGAGCAACUGAGUGAUGCCAGAUGGACAGAGGUCCUUCCCCUGAUCCAGCAAUACCAAGUGGUCAGGCUGGAUGACUGUGGUGUCACUGAGGUGCGAUGCAAAGACCUCAGCUCAGCGAUCCAGGCCAACCCUACCUUAACAGAGCUCAGCCUAUGCACCAAUGAGCUGGGAGACGCUGGUGUGUGCCUGGUGCUCCAGGGCCUGCGGAAUCCCACCUGUAAGAUUCAGAAGCUGAGCCUUCAGAACUGCAGCUUGACAGAGGCUGGCUGUCGGGCCCUGCCUGACGUGCUGCGGUCUUUGCCUACCCUGCGUGAACUACAUCUCAGUGAUAACCCUCUGGGGGAUGCAGGCCUGAAGCUGCUCUGUGAAGGACUUCUGGACCCCCAGUGCCGCCUUGAGAAGCUUCAACUGGAAUACUGUAACCUCACAGCUACCAGCUGUGAGCCCCUGGCUUCAGUGCUCAGGGCAAAAGCCGACUUUAAGGAGUUAGUGUUGAGCAACAACGACCUCCAUGAGGCUGGUGUCCAGACGCUGUGCCAGGGCUUGAAGGACUCUGCCUGUCAACUGGAGUCACUCAAGCUGGAGAACUGUGGUCUCACAUCAGCCAACUGCAGGGAUCUGUGCGAUGUCCUGGCCUCCAAAGCCUCACUGCAGCACCUGGACCUGGGCAGCAACAAGCUGGGCAAUGCAGGCAUCGCAGCCCUGUGCUCGGGACUGCUGCUCCCCAGCUGUCGGCUCAAGACUCUGUGGCUGUGGGAGUGUGACAUCACUGCAGAGGGCUGCAAGGACCUGUGCCGUGUCCUCAGGGCCAAGCAGAGCCUGAAGGAACUCAGCCUUGCUGGCAAUGAGCUGAGGGAUGAAGGUGCCCAGCUGUUGUGCGAGAGCCUGCUGGAGCCUGGCUGUCAGCUGGAGUCACUGUGGAUAAAGACCUGUAGCCUCACAGCUGCCUGCUGUUCCCACAUCUGCUCCGUGUUGACCAAGAAUCGUUCUCUGCUGGAGCUGCAAAUGAGCAGCAACCCACUGGGGGACUCGGGAGUACUGGAGCUUUGCAAGGCCCUGGGCCAACCAGACACUGUGCUGCGUGUGCUUUGGCUGGGGGACUGUGAUGUGACAGACAAUGCCUGCAGCAGCCUUGCCGCAGUUCUGCUGGCUAACCGCAGCCUGCAGGAGCUGGACCUCAGUAACAACUGCAUGGGGGACUUGGGUGUCCUGCAACUGAUGGAAAGCCUCAAACAGCCCAGCUGUACCCUUCAGCAGCUAGUCCUGUAUGACAUUUACUGGACGGAGGAGGUGGAAGAGCAGCUGCGGGCCCUGGAGGAGGAAAGACCAUCCUUGAGGAUCAUCUCCUGAGAUGUGCACCUCUCUGGACAUGAUGUUAACCCAGCCCCAGGGCCAGCCAGCAGAACUCUGGCUCUGGGUGUUCUAGCAUUGUAAUCUUAUUUUAGCAGAAAACUUUAGACACUUUAUAACUAUUAAAACACUUUGUUGAC